AUAAAAUAAAAAGAGCGACGAUAUUUAAGAAUUGGUUCACUAAUUGCCAAAAGUAUGUGAGCGCCAAAAGCAGUAUGUGCAGAACGCAUUUCUGCGCACCCAAAUUUUGCAAGACUUACGGUCUUACCAAUUCUCAGUUCACUUGUCAAUUCUCACAUUUAGUUGAAGCUACCUUUGCUUUUCCAAUCACACUACUUUCCUGCCGGUUUCUUCUCACUUUUCACUCUCAUUCUCCUGUCUCCAUACAUGGCGACUGCGUGUUCUCUCAAUUCAUCAUUCAGCAGUUGUAAUAGGGAUAUGGACCUGCUGGUUGAAGCUUUUGGUUCUUCUUUUUCGCUGGAGAUUAUCUCAUCUGCUUAUUCUCGAGCAAGUCAUAAUGUGGACUUGGCUGGUGUCAUGCUUUAUGAAUUACAGGAAACUAAUGCAGUGACUCAUGAGUUCAAAAAUGACGUGGCUACCACUUCUAUGUCAUCAUUAGAGCUUUCUUCUGGAGAUAUUGUAAGGCAUCGAUAUAAUGCUAAAGGAAGUGGUAAAGGUCUUCCUCAAAGAAACUCUGUAUCUGUGAAUUCUGGAGGAGAAUAUAUGAAGUCAACACCUUCCACAAAUGGAUCUUCAGAAAUUCCAUCUUAUGAAGAACCGUCAAACAAAACUGCGUCAUGUAUUAAUGCGGGGAAAGAUGAUAGUAUGCAUGCAGAUUUUGAAGAUUUUCUCUUCCGUAUGCUAGGAGAUGGGUUUCAACUCAACAAGAAAACGAUCCAUGAAGUUCUUGGCCUUUGUGGAUAUGAUCUGGAAAAGAGUAUGGAUGCACUUGUUGACCUUUCAGCUUCAACUCUUGAGAAGAGUGAUGAUGUCGUAAGCGGAUCCAUUGGAAUUGAGUUGCAUCCAAAGGUUCGCUCAGUUUUGCCAGUUUCUUUACUAAGUGAUGUUAGAAUAGUGAAGAAAAAUGGAAAAGAGUCGCGUAAGAAAAGCAAUGAUAAACAAGACUUGGAGAAGGAAAUAUUGGGAGCACUAUUUACUGCUCAUGAAAGACAAGAGGAGCUACCCAAAAAAACUCACUUGAGAACCUUGAAACGGAGACUCCAUGGCAGGACUGUUGCUGAACCAAUGAAAGAGACUGAGAUAGAGCAAACUUUUGUUUCUGUGAAGCCAAAAGCAGAUCAUGCUGAAGUUGAAGAUGAAGAGGACGAGAACAGCUUUUCAGUCCUUCGUCAGGCUGUCAAGGAGAAUUGGACAACUAUGAAAGAAUACUACAAAGCUGCUACUGUUGCUUAUACCCAGGGAGAUCAAGAGCGGGCCAAUAAGCUUAUUAAAGAGGGUCAAUUCUACAAUAGAAAGGCCCGCGAAGCUGAUGAUUUGUCCACACAGAAAAUUCUGGAACCAAGGGAAGAGGAAAUGUCGCUGGAUAUCAGCCUUUGUGAACCAAAAGAGGGUAUUAAGCUUCUGAAGUUUCAACUCUCUAUCUUUGCUGGGAUCCCAACCUUUUCUUUCCUUAAGGUCACUAUUGGGGAUGGUGAUGGAGAGAGCAGAAAAGGGUGUCUGAAACGACUGGUUACAAAAUAUCUGCAGAAGAAAUCUAUUGAAUGGACUGAAGAAGAGAAUGGAAAAGUAUUUGUAAUUCCGCUCGAUAAAAUCGAUCCAACUAGCUUCAACUCAUCCAAAGAGCUCGAAAUUCAGUGAGUAGGGAUACGAGCUCUGAAUUUUGUCUUCCUUGUAGCAUCUUGCGCUCUUAUGGAACAGUAUCUUUUUGAUUACUAUAUUUAAAAUGUCUAUUUUGGUUGACAUUCACAGACGAAAAUGCAUCCCAAUUUAUUCUAAUUAUAUAAAAAAAAUUGAAAGUUAUAUUUGC